AUGACUAAACGAAUCAUGGAUCAAUAUAACACUGAAUCACUUUCUACAAUAAACAAUACUCAUGAAACAAAUACAAUGAAAGAUCAUCGAAUUUUCUCCGAAGAAUUUCUUCUUAAAGUAUCAGAAUGUAUUAAUAUUGCCAAUAAUAUUCAUACUGAUUAUGGAAUAGAUAUUUUAGAAACUAAUGGUAGUUUUGAAAUAACAGAUAAAGUUAUUAAUCAUCUUGAUUCUUUGUUAUCGAUAUAUUAUCAAAAUGUUAAUCAAAACAAUAAUAAUAUUGAUAGUAUUCGCAAUUUAUCUGAACAAAACGAUGAUUUCAAAAUAUCUAAUUUGUAUGAUAACUAUUCUAAUUCUAUCAUGUUAUCGAAUAAACAUGAUGAAAUCAUAAAAAUAGAAAAGUUUCUACCAGAAGAUAUUCAUUGUAUACCAAUUAAAUUACCAACAAUAGUUGAAAUGCAACUUAGAAAUAAUCAACUUCUCAGAAAUGUUAUUCAUAAUUAUAGACAUCAUGAACGAUAUUUAAAUUUAUCUAAAAAAACUAAAAUAUCUUCAAUGAAAACGAGAGACAAACAAGAAGAUGUGUUCGUGAUUGAAGCUAAACCUUUAUGUCCUAUGGAAUCAAAUGAUACACUUGAUUCAUCAUCAGUUAUUCUAUCAAAAACUAAAGAAAAUUUUACAAAACUAAUGAAUCAUAUUCAUAAUCAAUAUAAAAAUAAAAAUCAUAAAAAAACAAACAAAUUAAUUGCUGAUAUUGAAGAUAUACUUAAAUUUAUAAUUAAUGAAGAAAUCACAUAUGAAUAUUUGCAAAAUGAAAUAAAAAUAAACAAUCAACAAAAUCAAUCAAAACAAUUAAGAAAAAAAAACAGAAAUCAAAAUCAAACAAUUCAAAUAUUACCAUAUGAAAAUACAUAUCGACAAUUCUAUUAUCCCAAUCAAUUUAUACCAAUCGAACAAGCAAUGACUGAUAAAAUUGUUUAUGGUGUACAAGCUAUGGCAGCAGCAUUGACUAAUACAAAAGAUAUUGAAGAUGUUUUAAAUGGUAUUGUUAUGUUAACUGAUCAAUCAACUUCUUCAUUUUCAGAUCAAAUAAAUAGUAAAAUAGCUAAUGAACUGAUGAAUGCAACACAAAAACAAGGUUAUACAAUCAAUCGUGAACGAAUACAUGUUCGUAUGGCAUUAGAUUUAAUUUUAGUUGAUAAUCGUUUAAAUGGUAAAACAAUGCUAUUUCAAUCAGAAUCAAUUAUUUUAUCUCGUAUGAUUCGAAAAAUCUAUCUAUGUACACAAGUACGAACAUUAUGUUCAUAUGGUGAUGUAAUUACAAUAAUUAAUGAUCCUGAUUAUCAUCAAAUACGUUUUCGUACAUAUAAACGAAUGUCAUUAUCAUUGGAUGAAUUUAUUGAAAUUCUCGGUGAAAUGUAUCAUACAUCUUAUGAUACAAUUGAAACAAUCAAAUAUUAUUUAGAUGCAAAUGAUAUUAUUGAUCUUGAUACAAAUCUUAUUCAUUCAUCAAUAUUAACAUCAAAACAAAUAGAUGAUAUGAUUAAAUAUAUUGUACGUGAAGAUGCUAUAAGACAAUUAUUAAAAUUAAUAUUUAAUCGAACACGUAAUAGUGAUAGUCAUAUUGAUGAUGAAUAUCGACAAUUUAAAUUAAAUCUUCCAAUGAAAUUGAAUGAUUUAUAUCAAACAAUUAAAAAAUUAAAUGCUUUUAUGUCUGCUACUCAAGUAAUGGCGGCUCUUAGAAAACCCUACUUAUUACAACUUACCAAAAGAUCCAAAAUAAAACCAAUUACACUAAAUGAUUUACGUGCUAUUAUGUCUCAAAUAUGGUUAUUACCGGAAAAUUUUGAUGCAUUAAUUUCGGAGAAUACAAUUACAUCAGAAACAUUAGAUCAAUUCUAUAUUGAUUUUCAUGCAAAAGAAGAUAUUGAUGAACGAUUAAAUAAAAUUUGUAAAAAAAUUCAAGAUCAUUUAAAUUUACAUAGUUGUAUAACACGUGUUGUACUUAAAAUGAUUGCUGAACAUUUCAAUGGUACAAUACUUAUACCAUUUCUUAAUGAAUUUAAUAAAAUUCCACGUUUUAUAUCAAUUAUUGAUAUAUUCGAUGAUUUAAUAACAUCAGGUCUUAUAUCAACAAUUGAACUUCUUGUUUUAUCUAAACAAGAUAUUAUUAUUAAAAAGUCAUCUUUAUUAAAACAUUUUGAAUCUAUAUCAUUUUUUCAUAAACGUGAUGCUGAUUUACUUGCUGAAAUUACUUUAGUUAUACGUGAAGAUGAUUUAAUUGAAUAUUUAACAAAACGUGCAAUGACAAUCAAAGAAAUUUUUAUUAAUUCUAUAUUAAAUAAUGAUGAACGUCGAAAUUUUAUUACAAAAAAUUGUAUUGAAUCAACAAAAAGAUUAUCAUCACUAUCUAUUCAUGAAUUUAUUCGUUAUUUUAAUCUUGAUCCAAAUUGUAGUAAAAUAUUCUAUUGGAUGGGUUUAACAGAUGAACAUAUAGUGGAAACAUUAAUUGAAACAAAAACUUUUGUUAAUGAAUAUACACUUGAUGGAAUCUAUAAUAAUUUUCUAACAAGACUUCAUGAUACAUUAGAAUCAGGUAUUUAUUAUAUAUCUAUGGAAAAUUUAAAAAAUUCUGAUCAACAAAACGAAUAUUUAACAAUUAAACAACGAAAGAAUAAUGAUAAUAUUCAUAGAAUUAUUAAUGAAAAUUUUUGUAAACUUGGUUGUUAUUUAACUUAUAAACAAGCUUCUAUUCUUGUUGAUUAUGCUGAUCCAGAAUAUGAACAUGAACUUUCAUCUUUAAUUACAAUACAUGAUAUUAUUUCACAAGAAUGUUUUAAAACUUUAUUAAAAUCAACGAAUAAUGAAAUUAGUUUUGAAGAACUUUCUACAGUUAUUCUUCCAAAACAACAAGUAAUUGAAUGUAAAACUCUGCUUGAUUCAUUUCAUCAACGUAUUAAUUAUCGACAAAAACGUUUUAAACGCAUUGAAAAUUUACAAAAACUUCUUCUUUCAUCCAUAUUAAUUGAAAAAUUUCUAGAAAUGAUUUCAGACUUAGGUAUAGAAUAUUUUACUCAUAUUGAACUUGAUUAUCUUGAAGAAAUAAAACUAAUUGAUAUUGGUGUACUUGCAAUUUUACUUACAUUACCAUCAUAUGAUCCUUUAAUUCAUCAACAUAAAUAUGAAUGGUUUCAUAAUAAAGAUAAUGUUAUUCAAAAUGAUGAACAAAUUUCUAACAGUUAG